AUGGAUCACGCCAAAAGAAUCGACCUUGCCUGUGUUGAAUGCCGACGAAGGAAGCGCAAAUGCGACGGGAGAAAACCACAAUGUUCUUCAUGCCAGGCUCAAGAAAGAGAGUGUGUUUACGAGAAUGAGCGAAGCAAUCGAAAACGCAAGAGAGACCCAGAAGAGGUUGAACAACUCGAAGAACAAAUUGAGAUCCUUCUACAAAGGGUAAAAGAAUUAGAGAAUGAAGCUUCUUCUGGUAACUCUACGCGCAAUGCUACUCUAGCAUCAACAUCUUCGCCCACAAGGCCAGGGAUGGAUGGGCUUUCUGGAGCUCCUUCUAACCAAGAAACACGAUCGGCUUCUGCAGUCGACGAGGUAGGAAAUUUGAUGUGGAAGCUUAAGAUAGAUAGCAACGGAGACACUUCAUUUAUUGGCCCGUCGUCUAACCUCCAGUUUAUAUCUGCUGCUCAAGAAUCCAGAAGUGACAGCCAGCUUCAAAGCAAUCCGAGAAUCACGGCAUCUGAUAUGCCUUCGUUAGACCAGUGUCUUGCGGAUAAGGCGUUGCAACAGGAGCUCUUUGAUGUCUUUAACUCUGUUGUGAACCCAAACAAUCAAUUUAUUGAUCCGUUUUUUCUCAACAACUUCGAUGUUCUUUCUACUGGAGCUGACUUGGAUGAGAUAUUGCUACGAACUGCAAUGUUUGCUCUUGCAGCUUGUUUUUCCGCGAGAGAAAAUGCUACUCAUAUCGGCGAUAUGUUUUACAAGAGUGCUGAGAAUAUUGUCCAGCAGUGUUGUCGAAUCUGCCCAUCGCUUGUUACCGUUCGGGCGUUGGCAAUGCUGUGCUGGCGGGAUCUCACCUUAGACAAUGAAAAUACGGCCUGGAUGUAUAAUUGUAUGGGCGCAGCUCUAACAACACAACUUGGCUUGCAUGUGGUGAAUCUGCAGAAUAUCGCAGGUAUCUCACCUGAAAGCAAAGACUCGCGUAUCCGAACAUUCUGGCUUUGGUUUCGGAUCGACCGAAUUGCUACAUUCAGCUUAGGAAGACAAUGCUGUAUACCAUGGACUCGUGUCAGAACUCCAUGGUUAGAGAGUAUUCUGACAUCAUCAGCGACGCUCCCAGAGCUCGUUUUCAAUUACGAGUGUCAGCUUCUUUUUUUAUUCGACAAAUAUAUGGAUCAAAUUUACUCAUUCCAGUUUCAUGAAUUGGACAGCCAAAGCCGCAAUAAACUUUUAUUCGAUGCCCGCGAAGCCUUAUGUACCUUCUAUAAUGAAAUGAAUAGACAGCUAUCGAGCGAACGGAACGGACAGUCUAGCACCACUAUCAGUCUCCGAAUGACAUAUCACAUGUGCCUCAUAUUGGUGCAGCGACCCCUAUUGCGCGAAGACUCCAAUGGUGCUCUUUACCGCAUGGCUGUGCAAUCAUCAAACUCUUCAGCUGUCGCUAUCACGAAUUUGCUCCGAGACUAUCGAAAAGCCGGAUGUCUCCGAACCGCUCCUUUUGUCGUAGUACACCAUGUUCUUACCGCAGCCAUUAUGCAUCUGCUUAGUGUAACCUCCUCGAAUGGUACUUUGCGUAAGCGAUCAAUUACUCGAUUCCGAGAGUGUAUAGAAGCGCUAGGAGAAAUGAAGUAUGCUUGGAAGCGAUUGCGAAAGGCCAUCGCGUUGCUUCAAGAACUUGCGCAUAGAUGGUCUGUAGUAUUUGCAUUGCCAAUGCGACUAAGCUAUCCUCUGCCCGCGCACUCCCAAAAUGAUAUUUCAAGCGAGCAUAAAGAUCAAUCAUCGAUGGAAUACCAAAUCACAGCCUCUUCGGAAACACACAACAAAGACGACAAUUUUGCAAAUUCCUACUCGGCCGACAAGCUCGAAAAUCUUCCUUUGAAGGACGAUCUUCCUGAAACAGAAAUUAAGCAAGGUAGAGGUUUCGCAAAUUCUGACUUCACGCUGGGAAUUUAUGAAAUGGGCGACCCGUUUCAGUUAAACGAUAUGAAUUGGUUAUUUCCUCCUUUAGAUCAACCUUAA